GUGAAGGCGUAUUUGAAGGGGAGACGGAAGCCGAGUCGGCAGUCGAAGUGUUCGGUGAGAGAUUGGGGCAAGUUGAAGCGGACGCAGAAAGUGAAAGCAGUAGAACAGGUUGAAUCGGAACGUGUGUCUGUGUUCGCUCCAGUCAGGAAUUGGAGUCUGAGGCGCUUGCAGAGACUGCAGCACAACCGGAACAGGAACGAUUGGUUGAGCGUGUCAGUGAGAUGGAGGCGGAAUAUGGUGAAGUUGGUGAAGGCGUAUUUGAAGGGGAGACGGAAGCCGAGUCGGCAGUCGAAGUGUUCGGUGAGAGAUUGGGGCAAGUUGAAGCGGACGCAGAAAGUGAAGCGGUAGAACAGGUUGAAUCGGAACGUGUGUCUGUGUUCGCUCCAGUCGAAUUGGAGUCUGAGGCGCUUGCAGAGACUGCAGCACAACCGGAACAGGAACGAUUGGUUGAGCGUGUCGGUGAGAUGGAGGCGGAAUAUGGUGAAGUUGGUGAAGGCGUAUUUGAAGGGGAGACGGAAGCCGAGUCGGCAGUCGAAGUGUUCAGUGAAGAUUGGGGCAAGUUGAAGCGGACGCAGAAAGUGAAGCGGUAGAACAGGUUGAAUCGGAACGUGUGUCUGUGUUCGCUCCAGUCGAAUUGGAGUCUGAGGCGCUUGCAGAGACUGCAGCACAACCGGAACAGGAACGAUUGGUUGAGCGUGUCGGUGAGAUGGAGGCGGAAUAUGGUGAAGUUGGUGAA